UAAACGGACCAAAAAGAAGUUGAAAAAAUGGGCAGGUGGGAGUGAGCCUAUCCUUGCUGCCUUUUUUUUUCUUUGAACGGGGCGAUGCUCUACAGAAGUCACGGGAAGGGUUACUGCGAAGUCUUCUUUACCAGAUUCUGUCCCGGAGGCGGGACUUGAUACCGCUUGUGUUCGAUUCGAAUCAAGAGGGCCGAGAGCAUCCGAUACCCUUACCACAAAUGACUUGGCCAGCGCUCAAAAAAGCAUUCGCCCAGGUUUUGGAGAAGAUACCCGAUUCGACUAAGAUCUGCUUGUUUGUGGACGGACUGGAUGAGUAUCGCAUGAUGGACCGAGAGAAGGAUUAUGGGCAAGACGAGAUGCACUUACUCUCUUUCGGGACCAACGAUGACUUCAAAGCCUACCCCGAAGGAAAUUGGAUACGCGAUGGACACCAAGAAAUUGCCUCAAUCUUUCAGAACAUCAAGAAGUCGAAUGUAAAGAUAUGUGUUGCGAGUCGAGAGCUGGCUCCCUUCGAAGCAGCAUUUGCAACUACCCCUCGACUGCGAAUCCACGAACUUACGAAGGCGGAUAUUCACAAUUACGUCUAUUCUCGGCUUAUGGGAGAGGGAAGGGAAUACUUCUACGACGCUGAUGAAAUGAAAGAGAUCGCUGAUACGGUUGUUAAACACGCUGAAGGGGUAUUCUUGUGGGUUCGACUUGUGGUAGAAGAACUGAGAAAAGGGCAAGAUGACGGAGACCGGAUUGAAGACCUCUGUGCAAAGCUUAUAAAGUUACCAAAAACCCUUGGUGGAAGAGACGGGCUUUACAUGCGGAUGGUUGACAUGUCGCCGUCCAGAGAUGAAGCCAUCAAGCUUUUCCAGCUUGUUCUUUAUCACAGAAACCCCCCAGAUCUCGACGUACUUUUCUAUGCAGCCGACGACUUGUACGAAUCAGAUAACUCGAUAAUGAACUUCUUUAAUGAUCAAAAGAGUUUGGCGCUUUCAGCGGAAAUCCAAAACGACAGACAUCUGCGUGCAGUGAAGCAAGAGGUCAAAUUCUUCACCAUUGAACAGACGAAGCGGAACCUGGAUCAAUUAGAGCGGAGACUAA